AUGGCGAGCAAUAAUGAAAUUGGUAACAUUAGAAAUGAAAAUGAUAAAUUAAUGCAGAUGAGUGAUUACUCAUUCCUUGAACGAUCGGUUCAUGAGGUGUAUAUAUGGAUUUGGUUUCUUUUACAUGUAUGGAGGUGUGAUGGUUUCUCAGCAUUGAGAUUUAAGCACAUAAUAUCAUUUGAAUUAAAAUCAUUUGUUACAAUAUUCAUAUUAUUUGCAUUGCCAUUAGAAUCAUUUUACGAUAUAGUCUCAACAAAAAUAAAAUAUGUGGAAGGAUUAUAUUUAUUUCCGGGUGCAGACGAAGUGAUGAGGGCAAAACCAAGAUGGUUAUGGUCAGAAGAACACCAAUUGUGGAUCUUACCAAGUUAUUACAUAUUAAUGGUUGGAAUCGGCUUUCAAAUGAUAAUUUUGUAUUUAUUACAAUGUUUUUGGAAUUAUUUAGUUAAUUCAAUCGCGCAAACGCCAUUCAUGUCGAGAGAGGAAUUCUCAUUUCACAUCGUGUGGGGGGUGAUUUGCGUUGGGUCGUUUCCCGUACUACCAUACGUAUUUAAGAAUAAUGACGUCUUGUUAGAGACGAUACCGCAAGUCGUAUAUGCAGCGCAACUAUUUAUUUUAACAUUGCUUGGAGUGCGUACGCAUCAAAAGUUUCGUAGAUUAAUUGAGACCAUUUCAACGUAUAAGAAUUCAUCAAACAUUAUCGCAAAGAUAAGAUAUUUUAUUGACAUGAACAAAUUGUUAACCUCGGCACUGGCCAUCAUGAGCGCAGCAUUUUGCAUAUUAGGCAUUGACAAGUUCACGACGGCUAAAGUUAUUAAUAAUUCCAAACUCGCAAGUGACUUGUUGAUUGCGCACGUCAAUUUCGCAUCCGUGGUUGAAUGGAUCGUGUUGAUACUUAUAUUUUAUCCAAGGAAGGGAUUUGUUGGUACAGAUGCCGGUGGAACCUCAUUUAAUACCAAUACGAAUAUGGGAUUAAGUAGUGUAAAUACAUCACAAGUCACCACCGCUACAAAAUUUAGUACUUUGACGUCCGGUACUGCUGGAAUCGGUGUUAAUAUGAAUGUAAUUCGGCAUAGUCAAACCAACAGCGUGAGCAGUAGUCAUAAUUUCGGUUACGAAGACAAGCAACAAAUUUAUAAUAAACCUCCUACCUUUAAUAAUGAGCCGUCACAGCCUCCGACAUUACAAAAACAAUCAUCAUUAAAACGACUUAAAAAGAAAUCCUUGUCAAAAAAAUCUAUAUCAUCGGUUCCAUCAAAUAAUAAUAGCGCCACCGAUCUUGAUAAUUAUUCGGAUAAUAAUAUGGAGGAAAUUAUUAAAGCGCCGGUACCCUUACUUAAACGUAAUAUAUCAAUAAGUAAAGAUGGUAAAAUGUUAUACGGUGAGACCAAACCUUUAGGUAGGGUGAAGGGAGCCGAGUUUGUCGCCGUGGAAAAAGCGGAUCCUAGCAUUAUGCCUAGUUAUUAUUUUAUGGGAGAAUUUACGGAUAGGGAUGGUAACGUACAUAAAGUACCUCCCUCGCUUAACGGUAUAGAUCGAGGUGGUGUAGGAGGAAGAAAUAGUAGUAAUGUAACACCUCAACAAGGAAUACAAGGGAAUAAUGAUCAUAAUGUAGAUAAUGAGGAAGAUGAUGAAGAAGAAUUCUUUUAUGCAAUGUAA